UGUCUCGGCUUCCGGCUUCCGGCUUCCGGCUUGUGAUUCGUACGGGACGCCGCGGACGCCUCCGACUAUUUGAACAGUUUAACCCACAACAUGGAUAUCAGACCAAAUCACACAAUUUAUAUCAACAAUAUGAAUGACAAAAUUAAAAAAGAAGAAUUGAAGAGAUCCCUGUAUGCCCUGUUUUCUCAGUUUGGCCACGUCGUAGAUAUUGUGGCUCUAAAGACCAUGAAGAUGAGGGGGCAAGCUUUUGUUAUAUUUAAGGAACUGGGCUCAUCCACAAAUGCCUUGAGACAGUUACAAGGAUUUCCAUUUUAUGGCAAACCGAUGCGAAUCCAGUAUGCAAAAACAGAUUCUGAUAUAAUAUCUAAAAUGCGUGGCACUUUUGCUGACAAAGAAAAGAAAAAAGAAAAGAAAAAAGCCAAAACUGUGGAACAGACUGCAACAACCAUGAACAAAAAACCUGGUCAGGGAACACCAAAUUCAGCUAAUACCCAAGGAAAUGCAGCACCAAAUCCUCAGGUCCCUGAUUACCCUCCAAACUAUAUUUUAUUCCUUAAUAAUUUACCAGAAGAGACUAAUGAGAUGAUGUUAUCCAUGCUGUUUAAUCAGUUCCCUGGUUUCAAGGAAGUACGUUUGGUACCUGGGAGGCAUGACAUUGCUUUUGUUGAAUUUGAAAAUGAUGGACAGGCUGGAGCUGCCAGGGAUGCUUUACAGGGAUUUAAGAUCACACCAUCCCAUGCCAUGAAGAUCACCUAUGCCAAGAAAUAAGAUUUGGGAUAGCUGCCUUUAAAGGACUUGGUGUUAUGUAUAGUUUUCGUUUUGAUAACAUUUGGUCAGGCCACUUUAAUAGUUGGGGGUAGGGGAAAGUGUAUGUGAAAUUUUUGUAAAGGAUUUAAAACAUUACCUAGUCUUUGUUUAGCCUUAGUGAACUAUGAACUGUGAAGGCCUUAAUUUUGUACAAUAAACUUUUAUUUGUAUUCUGUACAUAAUAUUUCAUUUAUUGGCCCACUGUCCUAUCAUCAAAUGCUUAUGCUAGUCUAGAACACAGCUUAAGGUAUAUAAAACUGUAAUAGGAUGCUUUUCUUGUGUGUUUUUUUUUUUUUUUUAAUUCAUUCAGUAGCCAGGACUUCCUCUGACCACAGCCAGGAAAUGUUCUCUCUGAUUUUUUUUUAAUUAAUUAAUUUAUUUACUUAUUUAUUUGGGGCUGUGUUGGGUCUUCAUUUCUGUGCGAGGGCUUUCUCUAGUUGCGGCAAGCGGGGGCCACUCUUCAUCGCGGUACACGGGCCUCACUAUCGCGGCCUCUCUUGUUGCGGAGCAUAGGCUCCAGACGUGCAGGCUCAGUAGUUGUGGCUCACGGGCUUAGUUGUUCUGCGGCUUGUGGGAUCCUCCCAGACCAGGGCUUGAACCCGUGUCCCCUGCAUUAGCAGGCAGAUUCUCAACCGCUGCGCCACCAGGGAAGUCCCCUCUUGUGUUAUUUUGGAGUAGCUAAUGGUAGAUGCUUUUCUAGUGUUAUUUUGGAGUAGCUAAAUGGUAGAGAAACAUUGAACCACUUUAAUAAAAGUAAAGGAGAAUUAGAUCAAGCACUUGAUUAUAUUUUCUGUAAUGUUUUAUGUGUAUGAACUGCCAUCCUGGAAUUCAUUUUUUUGUUUGUUUUUGUUUGUGGGAUUUUUCUUUGUUUUGGGUGCACCACAUGGAGAUAUUAGUUCUCCGACCAGGGAUCGAACCCGGACCCCCUGCAGUGGAAGUGCCGAGUCCUAACCACUAGACCGCCAGGGAAUUCCCUGUUUAGUUUUUUUAAUGAUUCUUUUACUAAUGAUAAAAGUGAUAUCCUGGAUAUGAGAAGAAGGUGGGACCUGGGCAGGAUCUAAAUUCAUCUUCAUAUUCAAAUAAAUGAGCAUAGUAUUUGCUGGUAAUAGACAUUUCACAAAUCUUUUCAUCCAGUUUUUAAUUGAAUAAAGGCCAUUUAGGAGUAACUGUACUUACUGUUUUCUGGGAAAACAGAUGGAAAGGGAAUAUUGUCUUUAGACUUCACAUUUUAUGCUCUUACCCUCUUGAGGCAGGGUCGUUCCUAAGGAAUACCUGCUCAGUUAUUAACCUCAUUAUUGAACAACCUCCAAAGGAAAGAUUUUUAGUCUGUAAUCUUUUUGAAGACUAGUAGGCUGACUUGCAAAGGUUGCCAAUCCUAAUCUUGCUGCCUCUUUGUGCUUCUUGAACACGGAUGCUCAGAUAUUUCCAAAGCUCAUUUUCUGUAGUAUUUGAUUUCUACCUAAGGCUAUUGAUUCAAGUCCCCUGCUAGCAAAACCACAGGUGUCUAUAGAAGUGGACGAUUUUUUAUGUAUAGUGCAUGGUAAAGUGACUAUUAAUCACUUUUUGUGUUCCUGUUUUAAUAUUUCCUGGAACAAGACUUUUCCUUAUCACUUAGAUUUUUUUAUGUAUUGAAUAUAUAUGGGAUACAUAUUUAUAGGAAGACCACUUUCAGAGUUAUGUAGAUUUUUAUCGCAUCACUCUUGUGCAUACAUGAGGAGGAAAAAGCAGAAUAAUUUUUAUCCCUUAACUUUCCACCUGCAGAGUCUGAUUCUUAUGAAUAACUUUUUAACCUAGUUGUCAAGUUCAUGUAUGUCCGUAAAAUGUAUUAACAGUGAGUUACUAGAAAAAAGACCAUGCUCUUGCAUGUUGACAGCAAUGCCAUUUGCUAGUACAUUUUCUAACUGCUUGCUCUCAGUGACUGUCCUUAGCUUGUCUCAGAAGAUGUUUCACAGGACUUCCCUGGUUUUGCAGUGGUUAAGAACCCGCCUGCCAGUGCAGGGGA